CGGGAUGUGACGCGCGAUGGACGACUGCGAGCUCUACCGCGACAUGCUCGUGGACGGCGACCUCCCGCUCGACCUGCGCCCGCCGCCGCGUCUCUACCUCCCGCACUACCUGCACGACUACCCGCAUGAGGACGCCUACGUGUCCGUCGACGAGGACACCCCCGACGCGCCACCGCCGUCCAGCGACUCCGAGUUCAACGCGCCGAGCCCCACCGACUCCAAGCCCAGCUCGCCCAAGAAGCCCAAGCAGAAGUCUUCGUCCCAACUCAUCAAGCCCCCCUACUCGUACAUCGCGUUAAUCACCAUGGCGAUCCUCCAGUCGCCGCACAAAAAGCUCACGCUGAGCGGCAUAUGUGAGUUCAUCAUGACGCGGUUCCCGUACUAUCGCGAGAAGUUCCCGGCCUGGCAGAACUCGAUCCGGCACAACCUCAGCCUCAACGACUGCUUCAUAAAGAUCCCUAGGGAGCCGGGGAAUCCCGGGAAGGGUAACUACUGGACGCUGGAUCCGCUCGCGGAGGACAUGUUCGACAAUGGCAGCUUCCUGCGGCGAAGGAAGAGGUACAAGCGGCCGGCGCCGUCGCUGCAGCACGCGCACGCCGUCGUCGCGAUGCUGGCGCGGGAGGCGUACGCCCCGCUGCUCCCUCUCCCGUGCUACUUGCCUCCCUCACCGCUGUUGACGCUGCCGAGGCCCCCGCCGGCGGCGCUGCGCCCCGUGCCGCUGCCCCCGCGGGCGCCGGACCAGACGGACCCCAGAGGAAAGAGAUCGAGGAACGGCUUCUCCAUAGAAUCCAUCAUCGGGUCCCAGGACAGCCAUGUGGAGCCGCGACGCAGCGCCUUCUCGCCGCUCCACCCGGCCGGCAGCCCGGACGACUGGGCCAGAUGAAGGACCGGCUGAGACCCGGGACAGGACUUUUAGUGCGAGUGCAAGGCCGUCGCGAUUCGAAGGUACUGUGUGUAAAAAUGUAAAGAUCUCUUAACUUAGUCGACGACGUAGCCACGACCAAAGCGACCGGAGUUUGUAAAAUAUUUUCUUAUGUAAAAUUAAUGCGUUUACUAAUAUAAAAUCGUCCGUAUGAUUAAAUUAAGCGUACUCAUAAACUUUCGUAAUUCUAACGGUCUUUUUGUAAUGAAUACCUCAUUUUUGUAAAAAAAAAAUGUAUUUUUGCGUGUUACCUUCGAUGAAAGCAUUGAUUUUGAAAUAACCGAAGCAUCUUUUCUCUAACUUUUUACGAAAAUAUUAUUUUGUGUAUCUAGUCAUGUAUGUACAAAGUAGGGUUAAUAUUUGAUAUGUAAAUAAAUUGUACAAUUUUGUUUAGAUAAGUAGCUUAGUAUGGAUU